AAAAAAAAUUGAUUCCCUCGCUAAACGAAGUUCUUCACUUUAUGAAUAAAUUAAAUUGAAGAUAAAAGUUUUACAUUAUCAUUCAUUCGAUGGUUCGCUAAAGCUCGUAAAUUCAUACAUAAUUUAACUAAAGACGUUGUAGAAUCGUGCAUCCGGAAUGGAGUUAUUUGGAUCAUUAUACUUUCUCGUAGUCAUCACUAUUUUAAUAUCAUCACAAGGUCUCGUGAGUGCCCUACGUGACGUGAGUGUAAGCAUCCCGAACGCAGUGCGUCGCAGUGAAAGAGCAAUCCUGAAGUGUUUGUAUGACAUGGAAGGUGAUAGUUUAUAUUCAGUCAAAUGGUACAAAGGACGAAGAGAAUUCUAUCGAUAUACACCAAAGGAAAACCCAGCAAUGAAAACAUUUCACAUUUCGGGAAUAAAAAUCGAUGUUCAUUAUUCGAAUGAAAGUCAACUAACCCUACUCAACGUUCAACUAGUCACGUCUGGAAAGUACAGCUGUGAAGUAUCUGCUGAUGCGCCAUCUUUUCACACAUUGAUUGCUGCUGGCGAACUAGACGUUGUGGAUCCUCCAAAUCAUAAUCCUGUUAUAUCUGGAAUUAGGCCAAGAUAUAAAAUUGGAGAUAUUAUCAGAGGAAAUUGUACAUCAAGGCAUUCUAAGCCAGCAGCAAAUUUAACAUGGACUAUAAAUAAUCAAGAGGCAAACCCAUCACAUGUGCGACAUCAUCGUACGAUAAGAGAUCCCCGGAAUGAUAUGGAGACUGCGAUAUCUGGAAUUCACUUUGUCGUUACUCCGCAGCAUUUUGUGUAUGGAAAACUCAAGGUUCGAUGCACAGCUUUGAUUCACGAUGUUUACUUAAAAUCAACCGAGAAGAGCAUUGAAGAAGAUCGAAACAAAUAUAACAGCAAUAGUGGCAGUGGAAAUAGUAUUAAUUUAGUUCAAACUCUUCCCUAUGAUCAAUUUGCUCUGCAAGAUGGUGAUUUAAUGGACAAAAAGGACACUUACCUCACCAACAUAAAAGGUGAUGUGUCCUCGUUGAAUGCUGGCGGCAGUGGAUCGACUGCACUUAUAUCUUCAGCACCCACUGUCACAUCCGUGGUCCUCCUUUUGGCAAUCGUCCUGCAACUAUCACACUUUUAUAUUCAUCACCUUUGCUCAGAUGGAACUUUCAGAAGCACCAGCAUCAGCAGCAAAAGCAAAAAAAGUAGUAGAAGUUUCAAAAGUAAAGCCCGUUGGAGCGAUGGACUUACACAACUAAGGACACCAGGUGUAUCCUUAGCGAUGCAACAAUCAUCAUCAACUACAAACUCGUUCUCGCUGUCCUUGCCAGUAUUUUCUACUGUGAAUUCAAGCUUUGUCAUUGGGCAGCAAAAUUCACAAUUAAAGGACUCAUGACUUGAAUAUUAUAUGACAAUAGAUAAACAACAAUAAGGAUUAAAAAAAAUAAUAAAUAAUUAAACCAAAAUAUUCAUAUAUGUCCUUUUUUCCAUUAUGUUUAAGUAAAAACAAAACAAAAUAUUUAUAAAUAAAAUAAAAGUGAAAAGGAAAGAAAACAAGAAACUAUUUCCAUUCUAAACAAUGAACGAGCGACGAUAUGAUGACAAAACUGCUUGGUUUCUACAAUAAGGAGGCGAAAAAGUAACGAAUCCUUUUUGUUUUUGUUGUAAACAUAAAUAAAUAAAUAAAUAAUAAAAUACAAAGUAUAUUUACAAAAAAAAAUGAAAUACAAAUAAAAAUAUUAUUUAUAUACAUACAUCUAUGUAAAUGUAAAAGGAUAGCGAAAGGCAAAAGAAUAAGGAUAAUGGUGUGUUUGUUGUUUCUUACACUUCAAAUUGCCCUCGUUACUAUGAAGCAUAGCCGCAAGUUAUUUUUCAAAAUUAAACUAAGAAACAAAAAAUCCUCCUGCGAUGAAAAUGGAUUUAAAGGACUCAAUAUUUUGUCUUGGAACUUUUCCAAGAAAAAAUAUCUUAACCUAUUUUGUAUGUAAGAAGUUGUGUAAAUAAUUGAAAGUUACAGUUAGUAUUAAAUUUUUUUACAAUCUACUCUUUUCCAAUCAAAGUUUAUACCAGUGUUAGCUUCUGAUUGAUAUUUGUGGAUUCCAAAUUCGAUUUAAUACUUAAAAAUCCAAAUUGUAAAAACCAAAAUUAAAACAAAAUUUGUAAGAAACUUGUAAAUUUUUUAAAAUUUAAGUAAAAACUAUGAAAUAAUUUAGUUGAAUACUUUGCCAAAUUAAGAUAUCGCAGUUUUGCAAGUUGUUUAAAGUAUUUGUUUUUUUUUUUAAUUGAAUAAGGAGUCCCAAAAUUUGAAAGAUUUGAAUUGAAUUGAAAUAUAAUAAGUAUUUCUUUAAAAUACUAUUUGAAU